CGGCGUUGCCCUGGCAACCAAGCUAUUGGGACGCGGCGCCCGGAUCUCCAGGCCACCAGCUAUCAGGCCCUGGGGUUCUCUACGAUCAUUGUUCGUUUCCAGCACCAUGCCCCUGCGAACCCUACCUCUGCUCUUCUUGAACUUGGGCGGCGAGAUGCUUUACAUCCUAGACCAGCGGCUGCGGGCCCAGAACAUCCCAGGAGACAAGGCCCGCAAAGUUCUGAAUGACAUCAUCUCCACCAUGUUCAAUAGAAAGUUCAUGGAGGAAUUGUUCAAACCCCAAGAGCUCUACUCCAAAAAGGCCCUGAGGACAGUCUACGACCGCCUGGCUCAUGCUUCCAUUAUGAGACUGAACCAGGCCAGCAUGGAUAAGCUCUAUGACCUGAUGACUAUGGCUUUCAAAUAUCAAGUAUUGCUGUCUCCCCGUCCCAAGGAUGUGUUGCUGGUCACUUUCAAUCAUUUAGAUGCCAUCAAGGAAUUCAUCCAAGACUCCCCAACCAUCCUGCAUCAAGUGGAUGAGACUUUCCGGCAGCUGAUUGAAGUGUACGGGAGUCUCUCUGCUGGGGAGUUCCAGCUGAUCCGGCAGACGCUCCUCAUCUUCUUCCAGGACCUGCACAUUCGAGUAUCCAUAUUUCUAAAGGACAAAGUUCAAAAUUCUAAUGGUCGAUUUGUGUUGCCAGUGUCCGGGCCUGUUCCCUGGGGAACUGAAGUUCCCGGACUCAUCAGAAUGUUCAAUGGUAGAGGGGAAGAAGUGAAGAAGGUCGAAUUCAAGCAUGGUGGGAACUAUGUCCCUGCACCAAAAGAGGGUUCUUUUGAGCUUUAUGGAGACCGAGUCCUGAAACUGGGAACUAACAUGUACAGUGUGAAUCGACCUGUGGAAACACAUAUGUCUGGAGCAUCAAAGAACUUAGCUUCACGGACAGAGGAAAGCAUUGCUCCAAAUCCUCUUGCUAAAGAAGAGCUGGAUUUCUUGGCCAGGCUGAUGGGAGGAAUGGAGAUUAAGAAACCCAGUGGCCCCGAGCCAGGAUUCCAGUUGAAUCUCUUUACCACUGAUGAAGAAGAAGAACAAGCAGCUUUAACUAGGCCAGAAGAAUUAUCCUAUGAAGUUAUCAACAUACAAGCUACCCAGGACCAGCAAAGGAAUGAAGAGCUGACUCGGAUCAUGGGAGAGUUUGAGAUCACAGACCAACCACGAUGGAGCACCAACAAGGGAGAUGAUUUGCUCGCCAUGAUGGAUGAGUUAUAGGGGUGCUGGCCGGGAAUGCCCUCCACUAGCACGGAGCAAACUGCCUGAUGACCACCCCUGGGCAAGGCCCCAGGAUCCAAAAUGAUGCUGCUAGUUUUCUACUGAGUGAACCCAUUGUUUUAUGUUUUAACAAACUGUGCAAGUCUCCCUCAGGAAGCACACACUCUUGAAGGCACACGCAUAUGUAUAUUUUCAGCAAAAUAUAUUCUGGCUUUUAAACU